CAACAGCGCACCUCUCAGGCGUGAAUGGCGACUUCCACUUCGAUUGCCCAUGAAACUCUGCUACAAACCCUAACUACCAGAGGCUGGUGCUUCGGAGAAACAGAUGAAGUCAAAGCAGUGAUCGCAAUCCAAUCAGCCUUGCACGACGAGUCCUUGACCGUCGAUUUGAUCGAAUCGGAACUCUCCAACUUGGACUUGCGAUCCGUCGGUGGCCCGUCCUUGCCUGACCCUUCUGUUCUCCGCAAAGCCUCUCAUCUCCAAGCCCCCAAAGUCCUUCAGAUAGCUUCUGUGAGGGACAUAUCACGAAGUAUAGCAGCGGAGAGUUUAGGAAAUUCGAAUAAUCAUCGGCGUCUAUUGAGGUUGAAGCUCACUGAUGGGCACUCUGAGAUAACUGCUAUAGAGUACUCCCCUAUACCCUCCAUUCCUGAUAAUGUUGUUCCUGGAACUAAGGUCCUUUUGAAAAAUAAAGCUAUGAUUCGUAGUGGUAUUGUGUGUUUGGAUGCUAAAGUGAUAACCAUAUUAGGAGGUGUUGUUCAGUCGCUAUAUGAAGAAUGGCAGAUGAACCAAAAAUAUGGAGGUUUCUCCCGCUCAUCCAGGCUAUCACAGGAAACUGAAGCUGGUGGUCCUCCACCAUUUGAGAAGUUGAAAAUUGUGGCUUCUUCGCAAAUGUCAGUGCAGCAAGGCAAAUUUUCUCAGAAAACUGUGUUGUCGUCUAAGAGCUAUCGGCCCACUCAUACAGAAAAAGGUAAAAGUUAUGAAUAUGAGGAGAGGGGUAAAGUUGAUAACCGUGAUUCAAAAGUGGAUAGGAAAAGUGAGAAUGCGAAAUCAGAUGCCCAGAAUGCAUGUAUUGAGGAAAAGCCAACCAGCUCUGAAUCAAGACCAAAAGAAGCUGAAUCCAUACCUGUUCACAAUCAAGUGGCUGCACAAAAACUCUUCCAGAAAAUGAGUCAACCAAACCGGGAUGAUCGUCAUUCCCGAGGUCAAAGACAUAGGGGAAAAGGAAAGCAGGAGGAGUCACCCGUUCUCACUCUAGAUGAAUGGGAAAGGAGAAAAGCUGGUGUAAACCUUGUAAUGAGAGAGGAGCUGCCCAACCAAGAUGAGGAACUUGCACUGCAGCUUCAAAGGCAAUUUGAUUUGGAAGAUAUUCAGGUGCAAAAGGGUCCUCAUGUUACGGAGGCAGAGGAUAUAAGAAUGAGCAUGUUCAAUUUUGAAAGAGGUGAUGCUAGAGCCUUGGAUAGAACGGAUUUUAGAGGGAGAGGAAGGGGAAGGGAGAGAAGAGGAAGGGGGUGGCGAGGUUGAUUUGGUUCACUGUUUUGCCCCCUUCAGUUAAACCUUUGCACUUAUCAGGUUUCACUAUCAUUGGAAAUGGAAGGCAGGAUCGAUGCCUGAGGUAUUCUGCCAUCCUUUGCCAAAUGUACAGAUUCGGGAUCAAUUUAGGUGACACCCAUGCUUAUGUUUCUCAAUUUGAUACUUCUAAAACUCCUUUUAUCACUCUUCUGUUUUGGUUUUUCUUAUUUCACGUUUGCUGGCUUUGAUACCCUGCUGGGUUUUGUCCUAUUGGUAUUCUCUCUUCCUAACAUUAUGAGGAUGACAAUAUUUUAUAAGCUUCUGCAAUUGAAAUCAACAGUGACCUCUUUGAGUGGAGCUCACUAGACAUUAUUAUAUAGUUUAAUUGAUGCUAUCCCAAUCUUUGAGGCUUUGAAGCUGUCACCGCUGUAGCUGUAGUGAUAAGCCUGCUCAAACUGAGUCAAAUAGAGAGAAAGUAAGUAAAGGUAGAGAAAAGACAAUAGGGGCGGGAAAAAAAUACUACAGAAACAUAUGAUGUAUACAGUAUGUACUUGUAUUGCAAAAUCUAAAUAAGCUUGAAGUACUUCUGUCUGAAUAGCUUGGCUACAGCUUUUUUUUGGAAAAAUAAAUCUUGCUACAUCCACAUGGUUGGGAACUGCUGGUUGCACCUUUCAAUAUCAUAAUGGUUUGUGUAGCAUUGCAUGCAGUUCUUCCUUUUUGACAGAGCAUUGGAGUCUAAAUUUUAAUUGUUAAAAGCUUCUUUACAGAAAAAGGAGGAAUUUGAAUUUAUCUGGAAGAUCAAUCAAUUUUGCAAUGUUUUAGAUAUUUCAUUAAGAAAUUGCGUCUUUUCUCACUACAUAUUAUUCCUAAGGUCUUUUGCUUCGAUGGACAGAAGGAAGCCUAGUGUGGAAACUACUUAGUGGGCUGCGGCACUCAUUUCUUCUGUAUAUACUGAACAUGUUCUAUGGUGCAGUAUUCAACGCAAAAUGAGCAUAGUUUGUAUUGUCAACUCUACCGACUCUCUCGAUCAAACUGGCAUGGCCUGGUUGAUCAGCAGUGAAAUUUGUUGAUUGAUAUUGAGAAUUAUAUUCCAAUGGAACAAAGAAAAAUGCAGCAGUGUGGCCAUAAACAACAGCAGCUAUACAUGCUUUUUUAACAGUUUGACGUUAAACCAAUGAGGUGGUAAAUCCGUGGUGCUCUUCUAUUUUAUACAUGUUUAAGACUUCUUCAUGCGAGACAUACGCUGCGUUUAAAGAGUCGAGCCAUGCAUUUUCGCCAUAAAUAUUAACCCCGAAGUUGGCCUAUGAUCUGAAUUGCCCGAACGUACAGUGAGCUGAGAACAAAUUGAUUUACAUCACAUAUUGUGUAAUGGCCAUGUAUCCUUGGCUUUUGUAUCUUCCUUUUCAAUUGGGUUUUUGGUUUGUUUUGUUUUUUUCUCACUUUUAGCAGGCUUGUCUGAUACUACAGGUAGG